AUGGCGAACGCAACGAUUCGCGGCGCGGUCAGCAUCCACGGCACGAAUCCGCAAUUCCUUAUCGAAAAACCAGUGCGUGCACGGAUCUACGAGUCGCCUUUCUGGAAAGAACACUGCUUUGCGCUUUCCGCAGCCACCAUCCUCCCGCUCGCGGUCUCGCUCAACCAUAUAGGUGGACUGGUGGGUCUACAAAGACCGUCUCACUUCCUCUGCUUGCUCCAAAAGCUGUUGCAGAUUCAGCCUGAACCGGCUAUCAUCAACGCGUAUCUCGAAGCACGAGAGUUCAAGUACCUUGGAGCGCUCACGGCGUUUUACAUUCGAUUGACAUACACCUCUAAACAUGUCUACACAUUGCUAGAGCCAAUGCUGGAAGAUGGAAGGAAGUUGAGAUGGAGAUCAGGCGAUGGAGCGUACGAGAUACUCCAUAUGGACGAAUGGGUAGAUAUGUUGUUGAGAGAGGAACGUGUAUGCGAUAUCAUCCUGCCUAGGUUGACGCGGAGGGAUGUGUGUGAGACGAGAGAUGGAUUGUUGCCGAGGAUCAGCAAGCUCGAAACAUCCCUCUUGAAGGCAUUACAGGCUGGAGAGCGGACGGACAGUAGCGACGACGAACAUAGUGAUGCCGACGAGGACGGUAUGUUGAAUCUCACAAGGUGCAAGUUGGAACGACUCAAGCAGGCUACGCAUACAUGGCGAAAAUCGUCACCACAGCCAGGCUAUGCCUACGACGUUGAAGCCGAGUAUACGUCGCAAGAAGACUCGGAUGGUGAAGCGUCGACAAGACCGAGGUUUAUCUCGCCCAGUCCGAGCGUUUCCCCCGAUCGACAGUUGCAAUCGCGUGCGCGUGACCAAGCCGCAUACCUGUCGAGAUCUCCAAGUCGCUCGCCAGAUCGGCAAACAUAUGUCUCCAGAAGUCCUUCUCUCUCACCCGAUCGUCAACUCUCAUAUGUGGACGGCGAAGAGCGCCAAGAAGCGUAUAUCUCUCGUUCACCUUCGCGCUCACCCGAUCGUCAACUCUCAGAUCUCUCAGAUGUGGACGGCGAAGAGCGCCAAGAAGCGUACAUCUCUCGUUCACCUUCGCGCUCACCUGAUCGUUCCUAG